GCCCGCAGGAUGCCGUCAGCGGCCCGGCGGAGCGGCUGCUGGAUAGCGUGGUGCCAGGCAAUCCUGCUCGGCGUGUCGGCGCUGGUUAUCGUGGCCGAGCGGAGCGCACGUAUACCAUUCCCUGAAGAUAAAAAUACUCAGCUACUGGUUGGACUCCACACUUCUGCCGAUUUCUCAUUUCUGAGCAGCAUCAGUUUAUGUAACAAAUAUUUGAAGUUUGCAUCAAAGCUGGUAGACAGACAGCAUGACUGCAUUGUGGCGGAUCUUUUUGCUCGUGGCAUUCUGUGCAUUUGGCAAUAUAUCAGAACAUAUGCAAUGCUUUAAUACAGUUCACUUCAAUUACUUUUAUUUAUGUAGUGCCAAUUUGCAACACAUGUCAUCCCAAGACACGUUUCCAGGUAUAUGAAAAUAUAUAUCCAAAUCAAUCUAAUACAAACCAUCCACAUAUUCAAAUCCAGUUCCAUCCUGGUUAUAAAACAUUGCAGUUAAAUUCAGUUUGUAAUGCCAAAUGGUAAAUUUUUAUUUUCUUUUGCAGAAAUCCGUCCCACUGAUAAAGCAUGCUUUAUGCAUAAUGACCUCUUGUUACCUCAUUUCAUUCUUGCACUCUGUAAGUUCCAUUUGCACUUUAAAUUCUUGCACAAACCUGCAUUCUGCUCGUCUUUUUUUUUUUUGGCGUGCGUGCAUCAGUGAUCUACUGUAUAGGAUUCUACCUUUGGAACGAGGAGACGCAGUGGGCAGGCCUCACACUCGGCCUCUUCCUUCCUGGGACAGCAGUCCAGCUGCUCAGUGUGAAGUGGUACUAUGAUGACGGGGAUGAAAGGCGGUGCUACCUCUCCGUCAUACACGUGCUACACUUGGGCAUCUUUAAAAGGUUGUGGGACUGCAUGAGGUCAGUGCUGCACAUGCAGGGCUCGGUGGCUGAGCUGGGUGCGGCUGUCAUGCAGCAGGCAGACGUUGCUGCCCUGUGGCUGCUGGAGGCGCUUGUCCUAACGCUGCCUCAGAGCUUGCUGCAGGCGUAUGUGGUUGUGUCUACAGAUGUGGGGAUAAUGUCACCAGUGGCAUAUUGCUGUGGACUAUGCGUGCUGUCCAUUUCCUGGGCCCUGGUGCUGUACAGCAGAGCCUGCUGCCUGAUACGACCAGGCCACUUGGCCAUGCCACCAGCAGCCCUGCUGUGCCAGCUGGUCUGGAGAGCAGGCAUGUUGGGAGCCCGGGUGACCUGCCUCAUGUUCUUCGCCAGGGUCUUCAACUGGUGGGUGUGCGGAGUAGCAGGUUUUCACUGGCUCACAGCCUCCUUCUGGCUAGUAUCACAGCAGCCCGACAUUUGCACUGGUCACUGGUGCUGGCGUGCCUUUAACGGCGUUCUGGGGCUCAUCCACGUCUUCCUCUUCCUCAACGUCAAAGACGGACCCUCGCGCUUUCGCAUGGCCAGCUUCUAUGCAUUCAUGCUCGUAGAGAAUGUGACUCUGCUGCUGGCCGCGUCCGACUUCCUGAGCGAAGCAUCAUGGGAUAGCAUGACCCUUCCCACCUCUGUGCUGUGCAGCUUUUUCCUUGGAGCCAUCUCGCUGGUCCUGUACUACCGGUUCCUCCAUCCCAAGUCCACAGAAAUCUCCCAAGGUACAAACCGGCAUCAGAUGGGCAGCACAUGCAUAGAGCAAGGCGAGUCCUCCUUGUCUCUUGGCGACAAAAGUCUGCCAGCGUCUUCUGUCCAGAAUCACGGCAGCUUCUCCCUGUCCGGCAUGGCUGGCUCUCUGCUGGAGCACCCGGGAAACUGUCAAGGCCAGUCCAACAGCUCCUGCCCUUGCUUCCACCACCACUGGCUCCUCAUCCGUCUGGCCCUGAAAACCGGCGAUCUCUGUAAAAUCAACAGGGCGUAUGGAGCCGGUGGGCCUGCGGCCAUAUUGGACAUGGAGGAGUACAACCAGGAGUUUAAAAGCAACGAGGGCAUCACCUUUACCGCUGGAGGCAGCUGUGAAGGGGUGUCCACCUCCGAGUCCCAGGGUAAGGGCCUCGCUCCACUCUCAGACUGCAAAGACGAGUUCCAGAGCGUAAGCGAGCCCACGUCAACCGAGCGACCCGAGGGAGAGGACGACAGUCUGGAGAUGGAAAGCCCCAUGGAGUCACCCGCAUCGGAUUUUAAACGCAGCUCCCCGGAGGGCAAGUCUGUUUUUGGAGACAGCCCAGAGCCUUAUUACUGCCCUACUGAAUCAAGUUCCACCUUGUACUUCAGUGCUGAUCCCCAGUCCCCCAGCAGCGCCAGCAACCCCCGUUUGGACCGGGACAUCGGGGGUCUGGAACAGGGGGUCCGGCUCAGCUCCAUCCCCAGUGAUCCUGCCCUACACAGAGACGUGCGUGGACUCAUGAGCCGCGUCGGGCCACGCUGCACCUCCACUCCUAAGCUGGACUGCGGGGUGUCGGAUUCUCCCCCAAGCGUCCCACAUCUCACAGGUCCAAGAAGGCAGCUCAUACUGUCCCGCAGAGAGGAAGAUAAUACUUUCUAGCUGUCAUGUGGCACAAUCGGGGAAGAAGUUGAGAGCAGCAGCUGAUCCAACGUUAAUGGAGCACACCAGCUUUAUCAGAGUCGUAGGGGUUAGAGCACUACAUGCAGUAGGGAACCUAAAAUAACAUCUAGUUUUCUCUUAACAUUAACCAUUCUAAAAAAUGCAUUGCUUCUAAAUGUUGGAAACACAGAAACUAUCAACGUUUUUUUUUUUUUUAAAGGAAAAUCUGACAUUCAAGUGACAGUAAUGAUGUAUGAUCACGCCACCAGCCCUGGUAUCAGUUCAUAUUUGUGCUAUACUACAGCUACACUUUGGAAUUAUACUGUGCAAAAAAAAAAAAAAAAUUGCUUCCCCUUGACUGUGAUUACUUAAAAUGAAAGCAAAAGUAUGCAUAGCCCUUGAAAUGUUUAGAUUUUGGACGUUUACAACCACAAACUCCUUUUAUUGGGAUUUUAUGUGCAUGUGCAGAUUUGUGAACUUAUUAUUAAUUUACUAGUUUUUGACAGCUAAAAAUCAGGAAUGUGUGAUUUGCUUUUAUCCAGUGAUAGUCUCAACAACUCUGACCAGGUUCCCUGCUUUUGCUGAAGACAAACAUCUCCACAGUAUGAUGCUGGCGCCACUGUGUUUCACAGUGACCACGAUGUUUUCAGGCUGAAUGCAGGGGUAAUCUGCUGCAGGAUACGGGCAAAAAAUUUUAUUUAGUUGUCAUUUGAACCUCUUACACAUAUUUGCAGUGUCACACACAUAACAUGAGGUAAACUCCAAACAAAACAACCAGUUGUCUCUGCAAGAAUAGUUUGAACUCUCCUUAACAAUUAGUUUUGAGAACCUGUCCUCAACAUGGUCUCAGGUGUUUUGAUCAGUAGUAUUCCCUAACAAAUCCCUUCAGAGAACAGCUGCACCUAUACUCACAUGACAUUUUAUGCAGAUUGACUGUAUUUACGGAUUAGGCAACUUCUAGAUUCAAUUAGUUCCAUUAGAUUUAGUGGUAUGGGGUUAUGAUAACAAAUGCACAGCAGACAUUUUUUCAUUUUUAUUUCCCAAAAAAAAAAAUAUGUUGGUCUGUCACAUAAAAUUCCAAUGAGCUGCAUUGAAAUUUGUGGUUGCAGGAUGACACAAUGUGAAGAGAUUCAAGGGGUGUGAGUAUUUAUUCAAAGCACGGUACGUGCUAGUUUGGUUUAAAACAUUUUAUCAUAGGCAGCGACUCUGCUCUGAAACAACAGCGAAUUUCAGUAAGUCAUACUGAAACAUUCAUAUCACUGCAGCUGUUUGAUGACGGAGUGCAUAGUUCUAGCAGUGAGUGGAGCAUCUGACCUCUGAACCUAUCUCAAUGUAAGCCAUAGCUAUUAUGGCUUCUUAAAAGCACAACUAUUUUCAGUAUAAUCUGUUUCUGCUGCAAUGCUGUUAUUUUUAUUUUUUUUCCUUUUACGUAAAAAAUAAGACUUCACUACCGGUACAUACACGUGAUGUUAAUAAGCUCUGUUUUUCAUGUGGUGUUAAUUGCCAUUGUGUUGAGCAGAAAACUGUGAUGUUUUUUUUAUCUUUUUUUUUUCUGUUACAUGUUGACCAUGUAAUUGUUAAAUAACUUAUUGAACUAACAUUAUGUUGUAAAACAACAAUAACGUCUCAGGCACAAAUUCAUCUACUGUGAGACAAAAUGAAUCAUGUGCUUAUGAGACAUUUAUGGUGACUUUUUUUUAUUUAUUUGCUCUUGAUUGCUCUUUUCAGGUGACAAACUUUUAUUAGAAGCACUGUUGUGAGACAGGAAAGCAGUGUAACAAUGCCUGUGUGGCAUUUUGAGAUAUAACGUCUGAGGCCACUGGUGGCUUGAAAUAAGCAAUAAACAGCCUACAUGUUUGACUGAGUUGACUUAUUAUUUCUUUAAUAUUUUUAAAGAUAGUUCUUAGGAAAUUAUUGAAAUAAUCUCAGACUUGUAUGUUAUUCCUGCAGUAAUAGAAAAGUUAUUUAAAACUG